UAACCUCAAUAGGUUCUAAAAUUUGACGCAAAGAUUCCCAUUCCUCGACUUAGCUACUACAAUAUACUCCAAUCAACAUGUAUUUUCUUUGUCAUCUCUUGGCGCUAUUAGUUUCUUGGUUCUUAGCCCUUUUUGUUGUUCGUAAAUACAAAAUAACAAACAAAUCAAAUUCAGACAAUGAAAUGUCAGCACCUAAAGCUCCAGGUGCGUGGCCCUUCAUAGGUCACCUCCAUCUGCUUAGUGGCCAGCUUCCCGUUUGUCGAACCCUUGGAAUCAUGGCUGAUAAAUAUGGUCCCAUUUUUCAACUGCAGCUUGGAUCCCAUCCAGCUCUUGUUGUCAGUAGUUGGGAAAUGGUUAAAGAUUGCUUCACAGCUGCCAAUGACAAAAUAUUUGCAAGUCGACCAAACAUUGCGCUAAGCAAGUACUUAGGUUACAAUGGUGCCCUUUUCGCUUUGGCUCCUUAUGGAUCAUAUUGGCGCAACAUACGUAAGAUGGUGACUCUUGAACUUCUAACUAACAGUCGCCUUGAGAAGCUGAAGCACGUCCGUACGUCAGAAGUGAAUUGUUGUAUUAAAGAAUUGUACUUUAAUUGUAAUAAUAGUAAUAAUCUUCCAGCACAAGUGAACCUAAGUAGCUGGUUUGAGAACAUAACUUGCAACAUAAUCAUCAGAAUGCUUGCUGGAAAGCGAUUUACUGGAUCCACAGAGGAAAUGCAUUUCAAAGAAUCUAUUAAGAAAGUGUUGUUCCUCGGUGGAACUUUUGUUUUUUCUGAUUCCAUUCCUUCGCUUGAAUGGAUGGAUAUCGGUGGGCACAUUAAAGCCAUGAAACAGACCUUUAAGGAAGUUGAUAGUGUCUUUGAUAGCUGGUUAAAAGAACAUAUUCAGAAAAGAAAAGAUUGUCAUUCUAUUGGAGACCAAUCUGAUUUUAUUGAUGUCAUGCUUUCCACUCUUCCUGAGGAAACCAUGGAGUCUGGAUACUCCCGUGAAGCCAUUAUCAAGGCAACAACUUUGGUAAUUUUCUUUCACAUAAUUCGUUGUUUUGAAAAGUCACUUAGCUUCACAUACAUAGUACUCUGCCGGUUCCAUGUGUUGUUCUUUAGCUGAAUAAAUGCCCAAAAUUUUUAAUUAUUAGAAAAAAUGUGUAACUUAAUAGUAAUAAUCAAA